AUGGGAAAUCGUCAUUCUGAUGAUAAGGCCAAGGUUUUGUCCAUUGAUAUCAGUUGUUGUGAACGUUGCCCAGAGAUAUUGAGGGAAAAAUUACUCAAAAUGCCUGGUGUGUACUCGGUCAAUAUUAACGUGGAGAAAAACCUCGUAUUCGUCGAGGGUCCGGUUGACCCCAUGACCCUCCUCAACAAAGUCGCGAAGCUCAACAAAUCGGUCCAACUCCUACCAAACAACAUUCACCAAGAUUGCAAUAGGGGGCCCACCAAAGGUGGACGAAAAGGACAAAACGAGGAGCCUCACAAGUGUGAGGCAUAUGAGCCACCAAAGGUGGACGAGAGAGUGUGUCGGGAUUUUUUCUGCAAGAUUCACCCGAGGUCUCGAUCGAUCGUGGAUAAGGUGUCGUCGGGACAUGAUUCCCUCUUUGGGGGCUUGGCGUUUUUCGGUUUUGGGACCCACCCGACCGAGGGGUACCCACCGAUGUUUGGGUACGACCGGCCGCCUGUCGGGGUCCGGCGUCGGUUUAGGUUUCAUUGA